UAUUCUAUCGAUCGCUUCACUUUCCUGAUUUAAAUUUCCGAGGAUCUCAAUCUUCACCGUAUUCAAUUUCUCAAACUCAGAUCAAAGAGACAGAGCAAAGCAUUUAUACCUUCGGUGUUUCACGGAAACAUAACAAACAAAACGAUUCAGACAACUUCAAAACAAAAAAACAUGACGAAACCGUUUGUGUUCCAUGGUGUGGAGGCGGAGAAAGCAGAAGCGAUGAGGAGAUACAACAACCAAAAAUGCUUCCGGAACAUUAUACGAGCAUGCGCCGUCGCUUUACUGUUUUACUUGUGGUUUCCGACAGUGACGGUUUCACUGUUUGCUGUCGGCGACUGGUUUUACCGAACCGGAGCGGUUAUUGUAACCAAUCGUACCGUUGUCUUCGUCUCUGCAAACUUACUCGUCGCUUUGGUUUUCAUUCUAUCUCGCGAUCGCGACGACGAGAGUAGUUCCAAACCAGAUCUAUACGAUCAGUACACCUCCUCCUCCUCCUCCGCCGUUAUCGUAACCGCCGCCGAUGAAAAAGUGGUUGACGAUGGUGGUUCGAAAAAUCAAACCGUUGCGGCGUUGGUCGAGGAGGUGAUUGCGGAGAAGCAAACCGUUGCGGCGUUGGUCGAGGAAGUAGUUGCGGAGAAGCAAAUCGUUCCGGCGUUUAUUGAGGAGAAGGUGGCUGUGGAGGCGGUCACAACAGAGUUAAAGAGAACCUAUAGGAGGACGAAGUCGGAGAGGAAGAAGAAGGUUAACCGGCCGGUGACGGAGUUUCGAAGGACAGAGUCGGCGAACUCAGGGAUAGAGAGAUUGAGCGGCGAGGAGUUUCGUUUGAAGGUAGAGGCCUUUAUAAUGGAGAAGAAGAGAUGUCUUGUUCAGGAAGAAAACGACGUCGUUGCAUGUGGACUUGAGCUCGUUGGUGCUGCUGACUCUAGCUAUGGAUCGUACUAAGAUGUGCAGAAAUGUGAUAAUCUCAAAUUAUAUUAUCUACUUUUGGAUUAGUUUUAGGAGCGCUCUUCAAAAGUAGACGCAAAAUCAUUGGCUAUAUUUUCAUUGCUGAUGAUUAUGUGUUACGGUGAAGCGAGAUUAGCUGAUUUUCUUUGUUACAAAACUUAUUUGAAUAAAAUAUC